AUGGUAACUUUCAGCUCUCGAACGCUUUUCUUCGUUGCGUUUGUUUUAAGAGUUGGGUUCUUUCUCUAUGGCAUUUACCAAGAUGAGCAUUUCGACGUCAAAUACACAGAUAUAGACUAUUUUGUGUUUCACGAUGCUGCAGAAUACGUUUUUCGAGGUCUCUCUCCCUUUCUGCGAGACACUUACCGUUAUACGCCACUUUUGAGCUGGCUGCUAGUGCCCAAUCACUACCUCAAUUGGAUCCAUUUUGGCAAGAUGCUCUUUGUAGUGUUUGAUCUGUUGACAGGAGCACUGAUUUUGGCGCUACUAGAUUCAGAGACACAUCGCAAGCGUCUUGUCCUGAGCUCAAUAUGGCUUCUAAAUUUUAUGGUUAUCACUAUAAGCACCCGCGGAAACGCUGAGAGCGUGCUGUGUUUCCUGAUCCUGCUUUCACUAUACUGUCUACGUCAAGGAAGGUACGUUGUUUCCGGCCUGAUCUAUGGUCUCUCUAUUCAUUUCAAGAUAUACCCAAUCAUUUACAGCAUUCCGAUAGCGGCAUACGUUUAUUUUAACCAAAAGGCUGGGCUCGGAGCCCUGCUCAAAAUCGGAACUGCCACGCUUUUUUCUUUGGGAUCUUGUUGCUACGGGAUGUACCGCCUUUACGGAGACGAGUUUCUGGACCAAGCAUAUUUUUACCACUUGUAUCGCACUGAUCACAGACACAAUUUCUCGGUUUUCCACAUGCUGUUGUAUUUCCAGUCUGCCCUUCCCGACCAGUCAUACGGUGCGCAACUGGCUUUUUUACCCCAAGCGUUGGUGACACUAGGACUAUCGGUGCUGGUGUUACGCAACCGCAGCUUUCUGAAUCUGCUCUGCAUACUGUUCCUACAGACUUACGCUUUCGUUACGUUCAACAAGGUGUGCACGUCGCAGUACUUUAUUUGGUACUUGAAUUUCCUUCCCUUCUACCUCGCAAGGACUCAGCUCUCUAAAACCAAAGGAAUCUGCAUAGCUAUCGCAUGGAGCGUUACACAGGCACUAUGGCUUCUCCAAGGCUAUUUAUUGGAGUUUAAGGGCCGAAAUGUGUUCUUUCCCGGUCUGUUUUUGGCUAGCAUAUCAUUUUUCCUUGCCAAUGUGUGGAUUCUGGGUCAAUUCAUUCAAGAUUUAGCUCGUUCUAAUGCCCACAUCCAGCAAAAGAAGGAUAUUUAG